AUGCCUUCCAACAACUCUACCCCGAGAAGGACAGCCAGGAGACGCGCCAAACAAAGUGACAAUAAGAGGAUUGCUUCCCUUAUAGCCAAGGAAGUGGCUAAGGUUAUCCCUCAAAUUGUCGCACGAGUGCACUCUCUCAGCAACUCUCGAACCCCGGAAGACGUUAAGACGGAACCUGCAUUCCUCUACAAACACUUCAAGGCCUGUGACCCAAUGCCUUUCACGGGUGAAGGAGGUGUUUCUCGACUACUCCAGUGGUUUGAUGCAAUCGAGGUUACCCUUCGUCAGAGUGGGUGCCCCGAGGAUUUCCAAACUACUUGCGCUACCGGAGUAUUUCAAUCACGAGCACUCGACUGGUGGACCACCGAACGUAGCAAACGUGGGAUCGUCGCAGCUUAUGCUCUCUCCUGGGAUGAGUUGAAGAAACUCAUGAAGGAAGAGUACUGCCCUCCUCACGAACUUCAGAAGCUCGAAGACGAAUUUUGGAAAAUCAAGCAAGACAAAGCCAUCGCGAAGUAUAUUCGCGGUUUGCCGAAGUGUGUGGGUGAUUUCGUCGAAGCUGCAAGACCUGCUACCAUCGAAGAAGCCUAUCAACUGGCUGCAGAGAUUAACGACAAACGAGUCUUGAGUGGAUUCUUCUCCCAGAAUCCAGUCAAACAGGCUCAUCAAGCAAUUGUCAUUGAUUCCUUUGGCGAAUCUACCAACGGUUCAUCUGACAACUCCCAUGAGAACUCUUCUAAAGAUCCUUCCGACAAUUCCUCUGAGAACUCUUCGAAGGAUUCUUCUGACGACGCCUCAAGUGAAUCAUCAGACGAAGCCUCCGACGACACUGCAUCAUCUCAAGAAGUUUAG